AUGGAAUCCGGAAAAUCGCAACCGCUGUCCGACACCGUCGAGAAAGCAAGUUUAGAAGGGUUAGGCACCGAGGAGUCAAACAACACAAUCAACGAGAAACGAGUCCUGCGUCGUAUUGAUCUCACUAUAAUCCCUUGGCUUGCUUUUCUGUACAUGCUCUGCUUUCUCGAUAGGUCGAAUAUCGGAAAUGCACGCCUAUACAAUUUGGAAGCAGAUCUGCAUCUGUCGGAUGCUCAGUAUCUGAUCUGUCUUUCGCUAUUCUAUGUGCCAUACGUCCUCUGCGAGGUACCCGCAAAUAUGUGCCUUAAGCGCACGAGACCGUCAAUUUGGCUACCGAUAAUAAUGCUUCUAUGGGGCAUUACCAUGACAAUGCAGGGUCUCGUUCAUAACUACGGGGGUUUGCUAGCAAACCGAAUCUUUCUCGGCAUCUUCGAGGCUGGUUUCUAUCCUGGUAUUGCAUUUUAUAUGUCUUGCUGGUAUAGACGCGACGAAUUCGGACUUCGUUUCGCGAUUUUCUACACUGGGACUUCCCUUGCUGGUGCAUUCAACGGCUUUUUCGCUGCGGCGAUUUCAAAUAUGGAUGGUGUCGCAGGGAAACCCGUUUGGUCUUGGAUAUUUAUUCUAGAAGGCCUUAUCACCGUCAUGGCGUCUAUUGCGUCGUUCAUUAUCAUCCAAGACUACCCCUCUACUGCUCGUUUCCUUUCCGAACAGGAGCGUGUUUAUAUCGUUCGCCGUCUACAAGCAGGUGGUCAAUUCUCCGUCUCCGCCGAACAGCGGAGAUGGCGUGAUGUUCGGAGGGCUUUCACAGAUCGGAAGACGUGGCUUGGGGGGCUCAUCAAUUGCGGUACGCUGAUUUUUAGGAUUUUGGACAAAGUGUGGCAAAUGUCGAUUUGCUCUCCCAUCGCAGGUGCAACUGCUGCGAACUAUAAAAUAUCUUUUUUCCUUCCGACUAUUAUUUCGCAAUUAGGCUUCACGGCGAACAAAGCAAAUCUGCUCACCGUACCUGUACACCUUGUAGCUGCUGCAGUUUCGUGUCUCGUUAACUACUCUGCCGACCGGUUUAGAAUACGUGGCCCUGUCUCUAUCCUUGACUCUUACGCGAUACUUACAGCGUUGACGGGUUGUCUUAUGCAGAUGCUUUCUAGAAAUGCGGCUCUCUCAUACUUUGCAACAUACAUGAUUGCAUUGUGCGGGCAUCCAAUGCAUGUUUCGUGGUCAUCAAACAAUAUCCAUAACUCGUACAAGCGUAGUGUUUCUCUUGCGAUCAUAGUAUCAAUAUCAAGUUCAGUGGGAGUUAUUUCCAUCAACUUGUUCCGCGAGCAGGACGCCCCUCGAUACAUCCUCGGAAACUCUUUUUCUGUUGCCGCUACUAUAGUUGGUCUCGUCAGUUCGAUAACGCUCCACGUUUUAUUGCGCAGAGAAAAUGGACAUCGUAACCGUGGAGAACGCGAUGAAGUCAUCGGGGACGCUGUAGACGGUCACGGAGAUAUACGGAAUGGUCGGUACGACAGCGUUGAAGCGGCGAAGAGAGAUAAAGGAGAUGAAUGGAGUGGAUUUCGAUACAUGACGUGA